AUGCAACUAUACUUUAUUCUUGGUUUGUUAUUCAUAAGCUCGGUGUACACCCAAAUCAUACCAAAAUUAGAUAAAUUUCAUCGUGAAAAAAUUCACAAUGUAGACAGUAAAUUUAAACAAUGGUGUGGUAUUCUUGAUGGUUCCAAACCAUUACGAUUUGAAUGGCGAAAAAAUGGUCAACCAUUGGCACAAAUUAUGGCCAACUAUCAUUAUCACAUUGAUAAUGUUGAUGAUGAUUCAUCUAUUCUUGUAAUCGAUAAAUUAUCGUCAAAUGAUUCAGGAAAUUAUUCCUGUCAUGUUUCAAAUCAAUUUGGUUCGGAUAUUCAAUCAACGAUUCUGACGGUUAAAGUUUGUCGAUUUUGA